AUGGCUAUUGCUCCAAUUACUGGUACGAUCAAAAGAAAAGUCAUCAUGGACAUGAUCAUCGGGUUCUCCCUCGGGGGUGCUAUGGCCUCCUACUGGUGGUGGGGGUUCCACAUGGACAAGAUUAACAAGAGAGAAAAAUUCUAUGCGGAGUUGGCUGAAAGAAAAAAGCAAGAAAAUUGA